AAAAAUCCAAAAUCACUUAACAGACCUUAUAGAUUUGCAAUAUGCAUAAGUCAAUACUAAGCAAGAUCAGAGAUAUAGACACUCCAUUAAACAUAAGAAUGGGCAUCUUCCAGGCCAGAAGCAGAUUGUACCAGAACACUAAUGAUCCUAGAUGGCCCUCAGGUAAGAUUAAACAUGACAGGCAGCAUCAGGAGAACAGAGGACAGGGUGGGGAUUACUGUGGCUCUUGACUAAAGUAACAACAGAACAGGGCUUCAGCAAUGACUGAUAAGUCAGCCCUGUAAAACCAUUACUGAUAAUAAACAAACUUAUCAGAAACUCAACUCUAACCAGCUUGAUUCAGAAAAAGGGAAUUUGUGGGUUAUAUAAUCAAACCACAAAGAAUUUAAAGAUGCAGCUGGACUGAGAGACAACUAAAUUUAGAGAUUCAAAUAUUUUCAGGACUUUCUCUGCAUACCUACACCUUCAUCAGCUCAAGCUUGUAUACCAAUGUGCCAUAGACUUGGUGACCUCCACCGCAGACAUUGAUUUCCCAAAGCUCCAGAAUCAGGGAAAGGGGUGGCAAAUUUGGUUCAUGAUAAGGAUCCUCUUCCCACCUUGCAAUGGGUGCAGAUUUGUGCCCGAUGGCUCAUCAAUGUCUAGCCUAUAGGAAAAACUCAGUCUGAUCUAGCCGUUGUGAUAGCUAGAGUGAAGCCACUAAUGAAAGCUGGCCUUGCCCUUCUGUGACUAAUGGCAUCUGCUAGUAUUAACACAAAGGGCCUCUCACAUUGACUUAACUGAGAAGUAGGAAGUAGCCUUGAAAGUCUACAGUAUCAGCAGCUUUUAUCAAAAGGUCCUGUCAGCUGCUGGAACUCAGUGUCCCAGUGACUGGGACAGAGUGUGAGACAAAAUGGUUUAAAGUUCAAGGAAGAGCCCAUUCUUACAGAGUGCUGAGAAUCAGUAGUUUCUAAGAGGGACAGAAAGAAGGAGUCCAGGAGGAAAGACAGGGUGCUAGAAACAGAGGAACAUAAUCUGGAACAGAAGCUGACAGGGACUUCCAUCUAUGUAAGCCUCACCAUGAAAACAGCAUUCACUGCAGUGAUAAGGAGGUCACAGGAACAGGAAGUGAACCGAGCCCAACAGCCUUCCAACCCUCUCAGCAAGCAACACACAGAGCCAGUGUGAGGAAAUGCUGAGAGUUUAAAACUUGGGGUAUCUGGCCUUAAUUUAAAAAAACCCUGAGGUAUCAUUGCUCUCUUAAAAUAAUCAGCAUUUCAAGGUUAUUACAAGCCUAUGGAAAAAAACAUCUUUGAAAGGUCCUCGGGAAAUCCACUGCCUGAAUGAUACUACCAGACUGGGCUUUGUUCUGCUCUCAGAUUUUCUGCUGAAGAAAGGAACAUUUUUUGUUUUCACUGCAUCAGAAUAGGCAGAGCCAGUAUUGCAUGUAAAAGGCCACAAGAGAACCUGCUGUAGUCAGAAAUAUCUCAAGGAGUUUCUGGGACUCAUAUACACAAGAAUUGUUUUCCCUGGGUCACCUUGCUAAAAUCUUUAGAAAACUUGCACUGUUCACUUGGAUUUGCUCACUUCCUGCUACCUGAGAACUUCCUGCUACCCUGAACCACUCUGAGCAUAUAGAAUGCUGUAGUUCCUUUCAGUAAAUAUCAAAAGUUGCAGGUAGUUAAAAAGUUCAAGUCCACCUAUCAUCCUGUAGCUGUACUUUAGGUCACCUCAAACACAAGUCUCAGAAUGAAUCCUGCCCCAAAUACAGAUAGUUGUUAGCAAGCAGGCAAUGUCUUAAAGCACUAGGAGACACUGGGGUAGGGAGGACUUAAAAGACCCCCCAAGCAAAGGUGUGAACACAUGCUAGUGGUAACUGACAUAACUGAUUUAAACAUAUUUAUUCAUACACAACCAGAAUUACAGUUGGAUACUUAGAGGAAGUGGGGUCUACUGUCUUUACUUUCAAAAUCCCUAUGUAAUCUACUCACACAAAAGUCUGACCCCUGAGUGCAUACUGAGACAUAUGCAGUAAGGAACACUAGAGGUGAAAGCAUGAACAUUACAAAUGGAGGUACAUUUUGUGUCUCCUAAGUCAAACAUUUCUAUAUAAGGUGUGUAAGGUUUUAACCAGGAAGCUCCACACCAAGAUGUUCUUCAAGGAGGAGGAACAGGGGUAAUUAUGAGUGAGGCAGAGUUCAUCCAUCCAGCUGCAAGCAACAGAAAGAUAAUAGUCCAGUAUACAGGACCAGGUGUUUGGAAUCAUCAUUGUACAACAACAGGCCAAAACCAGAUGAGCAGGCACUGAGAUCUACCUAGCCAUGGAUGAAAAGUGAAAUAAUUAGUUGGGGCUCCUAGUAAAGCAUCCAAUCUCCCAAAAGCCAGGAAGAUGGGUAACAGAAGUCAUCUGAGACAUAGCACGUGGUGGGGCUAUAACCACUGAGGUGACACUUUGAAAAAGAUUAAGACUCCAGCCAUCAGUAACUAUUGAGGAUGACAUGGAUAAAAGCAGCAUGUUCUGGGGAGACUCAGUCACUCCCAAAAAUAAUAGAGACUGAGAGAAAUCCUAGGUGUGAGAAACCAGACUCAAGUCAGGGACACAUAUGUAGUAUCUGAAGAUUAGGCCUAGAAUAUUAAGCUAACCUCCUUAAAUGCUCCCUCUCAAAGUCAGAAUUAAUCCCAGAAGUAGGAGCAUUUCCAUCAGAAUUUUCAGAGAACUAACUUCAAGUGGCUUAAACAGUAAAGGAAUUGAGUCACAAAAUGGGAGUUCAACAGAGUAAGCCUUGGUUAGCUUCAUCCAGUUGCCCCAGCUCUACUCUUCAGUCAUGGCUCUGACUCUGCCUCACUCAGUAUGGCUGAGGGAAGAAGUCAUCUGUAGGCUGAUAGCAAAUGGCUCUCACUGUGCUGAGCUUAGAUGUAGAAAUGGCUGCACAUCAGGGUCCCUGAGUGCAUUAGCCACAAUGAAUAUUUGAACAAGGUCAUCUUUUUUUUUCAAAAAAACUUUAUUGGUAUAUGUUCAUGGUAAACAGUAAGGUCAUUGAUUAUAUUUGUUCUUUGCCCUUUGCUUUCUACCUUCUUCCUCUAGUUCCCUUCAUUCUCCAAGUCAUGCUUCUACCCUCAUGAUAGAGUGAUGAGAGAAAAUGUGACAUUAUGAAGAUCUAUCUGGUUGCAUCCAUUUUCCUUCAAAUGACUUAAUUUCACUCAUAUUUACGACUGAAUAAAAGACUAUUAUGCAUACAUUUCAUUUUAUUUAUAUAUUCAUCUGUUGGCAGGUACCAGACUGCUUCCUAAAAGUGGUUAUUGUGAAUAGUACUGUAGUAAACACAGAUGUACACAUUUUCUGUGUCAUGUUUUACUCAGAAUCUUUUGAAAAUAUUCCCCGAAAUGAAAUAGCUGGGUCAUGUAGUAGUUCUGUUUUUGGCUUUCUGGGGAAAUGUCAUGCUGAUUUUUGUAGUGUCUGGACUAAUUUACACUCCCACUAACAAUGUAUAAGGGGUCCCUUUUCCCCAUUUCCUCACUAAGUUGUUUCUUCUUCUUCUCCUUCUCCUUCUCCCUCCUUCUCCUUCUCCUUCUCCUUCUUCUUCUUCUUGUUUAUUUUUAACACUUUUUAUUGAUUCUUUGUAAAUUUCACAUCAUGCACCCCAACCCACUCAUCUUCUUGUCCCUUCGUAUUUGCCCUUGCAACCUCCCCCCAAAAGAAAAUAAAAAAACAAAUCUCAUCAUGGAAGCUGUGGUGUGUCACAGUGUGUUUCACAGUAUACCCUUUUGUUCAUACAUAUUUACUUGGAAAUGUUCAUUGCAGUGAGUCGUUGGGCUGGUUUGAGGACUUCUAUGCACCAUCAAUACUGGACCUUUACCAGAACUCCCUCUCAGAUAUCUUCUAGUUGCCCUGUGUCAUGGAGAUCCUGCAGCUUUGGAUCUGUACAACUGGUCCCUUUAUGCUUUCCAGCAGUUAGUGGAGUAGAUGUUGGGAUGGGCCAACCCAAAGCCCUGGAUCUGGGUAGUAGCUGAGUUGGUCAUCCCUCUAGCUCUCUCAAACCAACAACACCAGAGCAAGCUCUCCAGCACAGCCCUAGCUAGAUCACCCAAUGCCACAACUGACAAGGGACAGGGCCAGCUCUCCUGUUCUCAUGCUAUUACCCAUGACACUAGAGCCAACUCUACUAUGCUGCCCGGGGAGGUACAAAGCCCACUCUCCUGAGUGCUGUAGCUGGUGAGGGGUAGGGUCAACUCUCCCACUGUCAUGACACCAGGGCCAGCUCUUCAACCUGCCAGAGGUGGAAGCAUCUCCCCUGUGCCCACAGACUCUUGGCACAGCUCAUCCAAGAUUCUGCUACCAGGGCCAGUUCUACUGUGUUGCCUAGGCAUGGUUCAGGGCCUGCUCUCCCAAAUGCUGCAACACGUGAGGGGUGAGGCCAUCUCUGCAUAGCCCUUGGGCAUCAACAUGAUCCAAGGCAGCAGGCCAGACCAGGGAUGUCCACAUGGCCUUUGGUUAUAAUAUGAGCCACAAAAAUCAACACUGACCCCUGCUGCUGCAUGGCCAUGGGCCUAGACAUGGUUCUCAGCAGCAACAGCAGCAGCAGCAGCAGCAGCAGCAGCAGCAGCAGCAGCAGCAGCAGGGGGCAGGGAUUGACCAUGGCCUCAGGUAGCAAGACAAUUUAUACACAUUAGGUUAUUCCUCUCCACCCUCACAUCUCCUAAUCUGCCUCUCUUCAUGGUGUUCAAACCAUUCCACAUUUCUUUCUUUCCCAUCUUUACACCACGUACUAGUAUAUCAUAGUGGCUCAUGGUAGGUGAGCCUCUGGGUUAUCUGUUGUUUUCUAAAUGAUAACACUCUCACUAAAAGUGUACACAAAUUCCCUUUCCCUACCUCUUCACCAGCAUAUGUUGUUAUAUGUUUUCUUAAUGAUAGCCAUUCUGACAAAGGUCCCUGAUAACAUGGAAGUAAGCCAAUUUGGACUCUGACUGGCAGAUAAUGAAGAUUCAGUUGACAUCAUACUGUGACCAUGUGAGAAAACCCACAGAUGGAUGAACUUGGCAGGAACAUACUUGUGCAGGGAGGUUGAAACAGGAAGAUAACAAGUUCAGGGCCAACCUGAGCUACAUGAAAAAGUUUCAUGCCAACCUGGGUUACAUAAUGAUACCUUGCCAGACAGAGACAGAGACAGAGACAGAGACAGAGACAGAGACAGAGACAGAGAGAGAGAGAGAGAGAGAGAGAGAGAGAGAGAGAGAGAGAAAGGGACUGGAAGGGAAAGGACAGGACAGGAAGCAAGGGGAAAUUCCACAGUUGAACAGCCCAGUUGAGCUUUCCUGAAUCCUAUUCUUUAAAACCUUAAUUAGAAUGGAAUGGUUGCUAUCAUAUCUAUGACAUGGAGUGAUUUAUUACAUAGCUGAGAUGAUCAAUAUAUUUAUAUAGAAGAGUAUGCAAAAUUUUACCAGGAAAGACUCAAUCAACUGUAAGACAUAUUUUAGCCUGGUAUACAUAGUAAGUUCUAGGAUGUCCAGGGCUACAAAAAAGAAACACUGUUUUAAAAAGUACUUUAUCAUUACAAAAACUUAAAAAAUGCAUAAAACUUCAUUUGCGUGACUAUUUUAAGGAAUCAAUGAAGAUUUGGGAAAUUACAUGGAGUCUUGCAAAGUCUUGAUAAGGAAACCUGUUGAUAUUCACAAAGGGCACUCAAUCCCUUUUGAGUCUCAAAGAGCUAGCUCUGACAUAAGUCAAUCUCCAUCUUAGGCCAGACCUUCUAAAAUGCCUGAAAUUUAGAGAGAACACUAAUGAACUAUCAAAACGAGCCCUUGAUGAGCAUGAAAAUGUGAUAGAAAGAUGUCCUAAAUCAUCCUAGUUUGUUCACACAAAAAGAGAAAGGACUGCUAGAAGACCCUAAGCCUCAAAACUUCUUAGUUGUCUGUCCCUGAACCCUUUGUGGUACUUCCUCUGUUGUUUCAGAGCCCAGCUCCAGCAGUCCCCUUAGCAAUUUUUUUUUUUUUUUAAGCAAUCGCACCCUGAUUGUGGGUUUUCUUUGCAGUGGCUUUAAAGUUUGAAUAUGAAAUGUCUUCCACAAACAGACACCACAGAAUCUUAGGUGUGUCAAGCCAACAGGCAUUUGAGAAGUAAUUGUAUCCUUCAGAUUCUGGCCUAAUUAAUGGAUUCAUCUCUUGGUAGAUUCAUAAUAUGAUAGCAUUAUCAGGAGACAGCCAAAAAAGGAAGUGGGACCCAGAUGGGGAAGCAGUUCAUUUAGGGUGUGUCCCUGAAGGUUGUAUCUUUUACCCCUUCCCCUUUGUGUCCUUCCUGUCUCCUUCUUUGACUUCUGGCCACUAUGGGGUGAACGGUAGCUGACACAUACUCCUGCCACCAUGGUGUUCCGCCUCACUAAAGAUCUAGAAACACCACAGCAAAGGGUCAGGGACUAAGCAUCUAAAACUAUGAACCAAAAUAAAUUCUCUCUUUAAUUUGUUCCUCUCAGAACAAAUUUCACUAUUUGUCAUAGCGGGAGGGGGUAGGGAGGAGGGGAGUCUAACACUGAGUAUAUAUACAAAGUCUCACAAUGGGGCUGUUGAUGUAAUUCAGUUGGUAGAGUGUUUGUCUACCACCCACAAAGCCCUGAGUUCCGUCCUUAGCACUGCAUAAACCGAGCAUAGUGUAAUUCCAGCACUUGGGAAGUAGUAGCAAAAAAAAAAAAAAAAAUCAGGAGUUCAAGGUCAUCCUUGGCUAUGUAGGAAGUUUAAAGCCAGCCUGUGGUACCCUGUCUCAAAACAAACAAAAAGCACUGAAAUUAAAUAAGUAGAACUGAUAUUACUCCACUGUGUUCACAGCACUCAUGGUGGCCCAUGGUAGCUUAGACUUCCUGGUAGCCAUUUUCUCGAAUUGGGCUGACCUUUGUAACAGAAUGUAGAAAGAAGUUUUCUGUCUAGCUGUCUUACAUUGUUGUUGCUUGCGGCCAUGUCACAGGACUCUGAAGCAGUAGCUGGAAAGGCUCGUGAGAUAAGGAAGUGAGGUCUCUGCUAGCAGCCAGAGGAAUGAACACCUGAAAGCAGUUAAGUUCCACCUCCGGCCAAAUCUAGUGACAGAGUAGACAGACAUUCUUCCUCAACCAAGAAAGACUGUAGUAAAACUACCCCACAAAGCUGUCUCAAAUCCCCAACACACAAAACUGUCUUAUACGAUAAACGCUUCUUGUUGAAGUCUUGGUGUCCUAUGGUAAUUUUUACUAUCUAUAUGUAAUACGCUCUUCAUACAAAUGAAAAGGGAGUUCGGAGACAGCAACCGAGGCUGCACAAUAGAGAUCACCUUAUCCCAUAAUCCCAAAGCACGUGGGUUUGGGAUCUCUCAAAAUUCUAUGGUCAUCAGCCCUUCAGUUGGCUGCAGACGAGGGGUAAAGCUGGGGGUACACUGAAUCCAUUCCCUAGCAAGAUGAGCCACCAGCUCAACUCCUCUGACUGGCAAUCCCAGGUAACAGAAGGUGACACAGAUGUUCCUUGUUUGGUUCCUCCAUUACAAAGAGUUCUUUCCACCUAGACAAAAACAAUUGACUCAAAUACCUGUGCCUCUGGACCUCUGCUGGUGCCAAACCUGGAACGACCACUGACUCUCAUAGCUAUAGCUGUGCCAACUGUGUUCAAGAAGGACUGUGGGGCAGGGCUUGCACCUAGGAUCACCACCUACCACUCUGACCUUGCUUCCCAACUACCCCAUUGUUGAUUCAGAGGGUCGCUCUUGAAUAGUUACUAGGGCAACUUUUGAAAUACACAGGACAUCAGGUCACUCACUGGUCAUGUGAAUCCCAACCCCCCAUCCCCUAUAGGCAGGGCUGUGGGCGACUAGAGUCUCAGGAGGAAGCAGGAUGUGAUGGCCACUGUGUAAGAACCAGCGAGUCCUGCUGGUUCUGUCUUUUCAUCCUUGAACACACUCCAUGACCCCUAGACACAAGUGAAUUGAACAAGUCAAAGGGUUUUAGACAAGGAGGCCAAAAGUUCUGAACAGCCCUCUGCCAAUCUUCAAGGUCUCUAGUCAAGAUAGACCUGGGAUAGUGAACCUUGCUGAUAAUGUAGAAUAAAGUAAUAUAAGCCUAGAUCUUUCUGUGGAAUUCAAGAAUUCCAGCACAGAAGAGGAAGAAAUAACAAGCAAGGUAUAAGACACCUGGUUGUGAGGUCUAUUCAAAUGCUCUGGCUCACACCAGAUGCUCUCAGUAUACCUGCCUCCUGGGUCCAGAUGGAGUCCUCUACAGUCUUUGAUUAUGAUAAAUCGAAUCUUCUAUGUGACAACAAUGUCAUCUUCUUUUCCAUCAUCUUCACCAUUGUCCUGUACUCUCUGGUAUUUCUCCUCAGCCUGGUGGGUAACAGCCUGGUUUUGUGGGUCUUGGUGAAGUAUGAGAAUCUAGAGUCACUCACCAAUGUCUUCAUCCUCAACCUGUGUCUCUCAGACCUCAUGUUCUCCUGCCUACUGCCCGUGUUGAUCUCAGCACAAUGGGGGUGGUUUCUAGGCGACUUCUUCUGCAAGUUCAUCAACAUGAUCUUCUGCAUCAGCCUCUACAGCAGCAUCUUCUUCCUUACCAUCAUGACAAUCCACCGAUACAUGUCUGUAGUGAGCCCCAUCUCCUCUCUGGGCAUCUAUACCCUCCGCUGCCGCAUGCUGGUGACCACAUCUGUGUGGGCAGCCAGUAUCCUGUUCUCCAUCCCUGAUACUGUCUUCCACAAAGUGAUUUCCUUAAAAUGUGACUUUUCUGAACGUCAUGGGUUGUUGGCAUCAGUCUACCAGCACAACAUCCUCUUCCUCCUCUCCAUGGGGAUAAUCUUGUUCUGCUAUGUACAGAUUCUCAGGACCUUGUUUCGCUCAAGGUCCAGACAGAGACACCGAACGGUCAGGCUCAUCUUCACCAUCGUGGUAGCAUACUUCCUCAGCUGGGCUCCUUACAACCUCGUUCUCUUCCUGAAAACUGAAGUCAUCCAGCUGAGCUGUGAGGGAAGACAGCAGCUGGACUUUGCUAUGAUCAUCUGUCGCAAUUUGGCCUUCUCCCACUGCUGCUUCAAUCCAGUGCUUUAUGUCUUUGUUGGGGUCAAGUUCCGCAGACACCUAAAACGUCUCCUCCAGCAGGUCUGGCUGUGCCCAAAGACAUCCAAUCCUGUUCCAUUCUCCUACUCCCCUGGUACCUUUACAUAUGAGGGCCCCUCCUUCUACUGAGAGGAGAGGAUGGGAACAUGGAGAUGACUAGGUGAGCUGAAGGAAGACAAGAAGAAGUGGAUCAGGAAGGAAAAUAUAACAGUGGAGAUACCAGCAUUGACUACAGAGGUGUGGAGGAAAGACAUGAUAGCUCUGGGAAAGUGGCUUCCAGCUGGGCAAUUCAAAGCAACACUUCCUGAUGAAGCAACACUUCAUCAUUCAUUCUUUUACUCAGACAUAGAUUGCUUAUCAGUGAUUGGUCAAAAGAUCCUAAAUGGAAGGAUUUCUGGACUUGAAGUUAAUAGUAUGUGCUAACUUUGAAGUCAGGUUUCUGGCACAUAGGGUUGUCACAAACUAUUUUUUUUCCACCUUGGUGAUGGCUGACUCUGUGGUUCUUAGCAGCUACUGAAGAAAACGGUCUCUUCAUGACAAGAAUAAUCACAUCUUCAAAUAAGUACAGUCACAAUGAAGUCUAGACCAUAAAAUCCCACUAAAAUGAAGAUAGUACUGUAUUCUGGCAACAGCUGCUAACACAUAAACUGGCUUUUAAACAUUUAUCUCAUAACUGAAGGAAUGGAUGCAAAAUGUGUUACUGUCUACACUAAGUAAUUAUUUGGACAAUACAAAGAAGAAUAAGAUAUUGUUGCUAACUUCCAGUUGACACCAAUCCAUCCAAGAAGAUCCAGAUAAAAAAGUCUACUUAACAGAGGCAUUCAAGUUGAAUAUUUCUCUGUCAUUUCAUCUCUUCCAAAUUGAGAAAGAUGAUUUCCUCCAUCUGGAUAAUAGUACCAGCUUCCCCCUUUUAACCAAGUACUGCAUUCCCUUUCCCUAAGUUCACAGAGCCAGGUUCUGUGGAUUCUGCGUUUCCAGGAUCUCUCCAGCUUAUUCUCACGAUCACAUACCGGUGACUCCACCUCUACUAUGCUCUCUAUUCCAUAGUGUCUUCCUUUUGCUUCUUUUUUUCCUCUGUUCCUUCUCCAGGAAGCUGCACGCCUGAGAUUUUUCUUUUAUUUACAGCUUCUCUGUCUGGAGUUUUUCUUUAAAGCUUUAAUAAAAUUGUCCUCAAGCUUC